AGCCUUGUGAUUUUUGUGACCGGUCUGAGCGUCCCGUUCAUGUCGGUAUCCGUUGUUUUGUCGAUUUUUGGCGGGCCAAAUAGCAGCUUGUACUUUGCCCUUUAAUUAUUUCUCGAAUUAGCGAAUCUGUGAAGGAUAAAUGAUGGCAGACAAGGACGGCGAGGGUUUUGAUGAUGCAGUGGAGGAACGUAUUAUCAAUGAAGAGUACAAGAUAUGGAAAAAGAACACACCAUUUCUUUACGACCUUGUAAUGACACAUGCUUUGGAGUGGCCUUCUCUGACAGCUCAAUGGCUUCCAGAUGUUACUCGACCCGAAGGGAAGGAUUAUUCAGUCCAUCGGCUGAUUCUGGGCACUCAUACUUCGGAUGAACAAAAUCAUUUGCUUAUUGCUAGCGUACAAUUACCAAAUGAAGAUGCGCAAUUUGAUGCUUCUCAUUAUGAUAAUGAAAAGGGAGAAUUUGGUGGAUUUGGUUCUGUAAGUGGCAAAAUCGAAAUUGAGAUCAAGAUCAAUCACGAGGGCGAAGUCAACAGGGCUCGAUACAUGCCACAGAACCCAUGUGUAAUUGCAACGAAAACUCCCUCAAGUGAUGUGCUAGUAUUUGACUACACGAAACAUCCUAGUAAACCGGAUCCCAAUGGCGAAUGUCAUCCAGAUUUGAGAUUGCGAGGACAUCAAAAGGAAGGUUAUGGCCUUUCAUGGAAUCCAAAUCUUAACGGAUACUUAUUGAGCGCAUCCGACGAUCACACAAUUUGCUUGUGGGAUAUCAACGCGACACCGAAGGAGAAUCGUGUUAUCGACGCGAAAACCAUCUUCACGGGUCACACAGCUGUGGUCGAGGAUGUCGCUUGGCAUCUAUUGCACGAAUCGUUAUUUGGUUCUGUUGCUGAUGAUCAAAAACUGAUGAUUUGGGAUACUAGGUGCAACAAUACCAGCAAACCGAGUCACACCGUUGACGCUCACACUGCCGAAGUAAAUUGCUUGAGCUUCAAUCCGUAUUCUGAAUUCAUACUGGCAACUGGUAGUGCGGAUAAGACUGUAGCACUGUGGGACUUGCGAAAUCUCAAAUUGAAAUUACAUUCAUUCGAAUCGCAUAAGGAUGAAAUUUUCCAAGUUCAAUGGUCACCUCAUAAUGAGACGAUACUAGCUAGCAGUGGAACAGAUAGACGACUACAUGUUUGGGAUCUUAGCAAAAUCGGCGAGGAACAAUCGAGCGAAGAUGCAGAGGAUGGGCCACCUGAACUUCUGUUCAUACACGGAGGCCAUACUGCGAAGAUUAGUGACUUCUCGUGGAAUCCGAAUGAACCGUGGGUCAUUUGUUCAGUGUCUGAGGACAAUAUAAUGCAAGUUUGGCAAAUGGCAGAGAAUAUUUACAACGAUGAGGAACCCGAGACACCUGGGAGCGAAAUCGAGACCGGUGGUUCAUAAUGAGGAUAAACAUAAUUGAUCCUGUUAUUUUUCCAUCGCCGAUUGAGAUACAAGUACCAAGCCAUGGUUGCGAUAUUUGUCUCGUGACAGAUUUCUUUUUACGAAGAAGCAAUAAUUCUUGCUUUUCGGAUCCUUGCUAAAUCCAUUGGUUACAUAAAUUGCGCGAAAAUGUUACAACUAGAAAAAGAAAAAAAAAUUCUAUCGAUAUUUUCCACCACAUUUUGAACAGAUGAUAAAAUACAUAAAUUCAUUUUAUUAAAUCUGACUAAACGCGUUUGCAUUUCUAAUUGAUAAUUUUGCAACGAAAUAUAAAAACAACUGGGAAUGAUUCAAAAUAAUAAGAACGGCGAGCAUUAUUGUUUCGCGGUGAUUAAUUAGAUAUGUCACAAACCCAACGGAAUCAAUUAACCAAUUAAAAACUCAACUAGCUGAAUAACGGCUAGUUAUACAUUUGUUAUAAACCAUUUUUUCAUAUAAAGGUACUAUUUCUCUGUCACAGCGGAAGCUCACGUAACACCUAGAAAAUACCAAGUACUUUUUCUACUUCGUUUUAAGUAUGAAUAAUAAAGAAAUAAUGUAAACUCGGUGAUGCUCAA